CUCGCGUCUUGCACCUCACGCCGCUCGCACGGCAUGGACUCGCGCUGAACACACGCCUCCGCUUCCGCUGACAUAUUUACGUCUUCGAAAGCCCGAGCACAGGAUGAGCCGGCGUGAGGGCGGCAUGGCUGCGGCGAGGGCUCUGCGCGCGUUGUUCACCGCGCUCUAUCUCGCCUCCCAGUGCAGCGCGGGACCGGUGGGCCCCCUACCCAACGUGACCAGCCUAGACCUCGGCCUCAAGGAAGGCGGGUGCGCGGUGGGCGACGUGGUGUACAUGCCGGGCGACGAGUUCGGUGGCGCGAACGCGUGUGAGCGGUGUCGGUGCGCGCUCGGCGGCGUGCAGUGCGAGCGUCAGCAGUGCCAGCCGCGGCCCGGCUGUAAGGCGCUGCACCGGCCCGACCACUGCUGCCCCACUUACCAGUGCGAGUGCGAGCAGGAGGGGCGCGUGUAUGGCAACGGCGAGAAGCUGGUGGACCCGCAGGACCCGUGCCGCGUGUGCUACUGCCAGGGCGGCGAGGUGGUCUGCCGGCGCAUCGCGUGCUUCGUACGUGACGACUGCACGCCGCGCCGCGUGCCCGGCCGCUGCUGCCCAGAGUACGACAACUGCCCGCUCAGAGGUGUUACAACGAUUCCCGGCAUCUCGCCGGCAGCGCCAAGUGUUUCCGCUCUGGAGGAGGUCGCCGCCGGCGUCGAGCCAGCGGCGUUUGAGGAACCACUUAAACCGACGAAAAAUGAAAUAACAAUCAAAGAAAUCACCCCAGUGUCUGAGAUCCCAGUUAUCACUGAAGUGAAAAUAAAGGAGAUCCCGCCCUCACCCGGCGUCGAUGGUGCAGAAUAUGCCUCGUCCAAGUCGCCACUCAUACCGCGCGAGGCCACGUCCGAGACAUCUAAAAUUGAAAGUAAUCUUGAAUCCCAAGAAAUGAGCGAGGACGAGACUUCGUUAUCUUCCAAUAAUUCCGCACCCCCGGAAGCGUCCAAGUCUGGCGAGGAUAAGGACAGCGCCUCGCAAGCUACCAACGAUGCCGCUCCCUCCAAGAUCAGUCUCUCAACACAGGACUCGAUAAAUAACAACAUCUAUACCGCUAGCCUGCCCGUCGCCGUCGCCACUGCGGGCUCACCGUCGAUGGCAUCUAACGAAGCCUCGGUGCCUCCCAGUAAAUCGUCCAUGAUAGACGAAGAAGAUACCUCCUUAUUCGAUCAUAAUCCUGCUUUUCCACCGAUACCAGACGACUUGUCCGUGGCUGGAAAUCACGAGGAAGAAAUGUUCACCGAACAAAAUUUGGACACGGAGCACAUGUCUGUGGCUCAUGAAUUGGUGAAUGUCGCGAGCACCGCGGCCGCUGCGGUGUCGGCCGUCACUAAGGAAACCGCCACCACUAUAUCGAGCUAUAUUUCCGAAGCGACAUCGGCCGCGUGGCCCAACCCUCGGGAAAUUUCUUCGGAUGGUGGCAUCACUGAAUCGGAUGAAGGAGUCACCAUAGUUACAUCGAAAUCGAGAGAGAGUUCUCUGCUUAAUUUGCGAUCAGUUUUACCCACGGAGAUAUUAAAUGUGCCAUCUCAUACAGGAUUGUCGGUCGAGAUGAGCGACGGUACAAUGGCCCCGAGCGCAGAGACCCCGGUGACCGGUCAUAGCACCGAGGAGGUGGGAGAUGUGAUUAACUUACAGCCUGUCGAUAGUAUCCCUACGAGUACAGAUGAUCCCGACUCCCAAGAGCUUGAAGCCGUCAGCAAUUCGACGGAAUCCUCAGCGCCGACGAGCGAAGCUGUUUCUCCUCGAGAACAAACUACGAGUUCCAUUUCAAAGUCAAACGUAGGCACGGAGGUGACGUCACAGACGGAACUGAGCUCCCUACCUAUCGAAACAAGUGACCAAAAUCCUCACGACUCGUCUGAAAACAUAACCAAAGAUAGAGCAAUGAUGUCAACUGUUGAUCCAUUGAUGCUGGACGAUAGCGAUACCAAACUGUUGCCGACUAAUUCUGUUGGAACUAAGCUUUCUAAAACGGUAUCGCCAUACGUGGAAAAUCAAUCUUUCGAAAGUUUUGAAACGACGGAGAUCGGUUCCUUAGCUUUCGAUUCUCAAGAGAGUGCCACCACGGUGGUGGAAUCUAUUCAAGCUUCCUCAGACUCCGAAAAAAGCUCCGCUCUCAUCGAGCAACCGAGCGGCAGGAAUAACAACGUGCUGACCGAUCUGAUUAACAUAGUCGGGGACGUAGCUGCCAUCGGGGACCACACCGAGGCACUCGACGUGGAGCAUCAGACUGCGAGUCCGACGACUAUCUCCGAUUCUGAAGAGUUGAUACCAGUCAAUUCCGGUUACAAAAGUAAAAAUAAAAAUUGGAACCUCAAUUCCAUAACCGAGGUGCCAUUCAAAUAUAAAGGAGGCAGCAAGCCGAAGGUGGUCGAGAUCGAAGACGAGGACGACACCGAUACGAUAACGGACUCGCCGGCGCCCAACGACAAAGCGGAGCCGACCACGCGGCGGCCCAUCAUCGACAACGUAUCUGAUGAAAAAACUGAAAACAAAACGGAGAAGAAAGAUAUCGAGAUCAUAACUCAGUCUUACGUGCCGACGAUCAACAGGCGACCUACGAAGGUGGUCAUGAAGAAGAGUAACGAGAGAGCAGUCACCGAGGAGGUUACCACUGACGCUGGGGGCGACUCGUCUGAUGCCGCAAGCGAUACAAUUGUAGCACGCGAAACAACAGCAGCGCCGGUGUCGGAGGCGACGGCGGGCGCGGCGGACAGCGCGGCGGACAGCGCGGCGGACAGCGCGGCGGACGGGGACAGUCCGGCGCAGACGACGGACGCGUUCGGUCCCGCGCAGUGA